AUGACAAUGCGUCAUACAAUUUCAGUCUGUAUUGCAGGUGCUAUUGGUUCGUUUGCUCUGUUGCUGCUUAUUAUUAGUGUAGGAACACCUGUGUGGCUUGAUAAUGGUUCAGGAAGCACCAUUGGCCUUUUCAGUACAUGUUAUGGAGAUAAUGUUGCAACCACAAUUGCACCUGGCGGUCCAGGUUGCUACAAUGAAGAUCGUGCACCCUCGGCAGGCCUGUCUGUUGUUGGUAUUUUGCUGCUUAGUGGGUCUAUAAUUUUGACCAUAAUUGGUGCACUUUCGGAAGAACACAAAAAACAACUAUUAGGGGCAUCAGUAGUUUUGUGUUACUUUUCAUCUAUGUUCGUUAUGUCCGCUUAUGCAACAUGGGGCGUUUAUUCACGAGAUGAAAAUUUAUAUACUUUUCCAAGCACACCACCAGCUUCACUUGCAAAUCAUACAGCGAUGGGAUCUUCGUAUAAUUUAUGUGUUGCAGCACAUUACUUUCUCUGGACAGCACUUACAAUAAUUGCAGCGGCUUUUGGUUAUACUUUAAAUACAAGAUAA